AUGCAGACUCAUCGUACAAUUUAUAAAGAUGAUGUUACAAUAUAUUGUGAAUAUUUAGAUACUAAAAAAAAAAAUCAGUCUAUUCGAUCAAAGCUAUUUAUUGUAAUUGCUGCUUCUACUGACUAUAAAAAUUCUUUUAAAACAUAUAAAAAAAUAGAAGAUAAUGAUGUCCUUAGUUAUCGAAUAAAAUAUAAAAUAGGAUUACAUUUACUUUCUGGGGUCGAAUGCAAUAAAGAUGUUGAUAAAGAUUAUAUGAAAAUUGUUGAACCUGGGAAUUUUGGUCUUCUGGAUGCAAUUUCUUGGAUAAAUAAAUAUAGAAAUGUAAAAGAUCAUG